GCUUCACUGUGAGCUGGAGCUCACGGUUCGAUGGUGCAAUGCCGGAGAAUGAUUUAGCGUCAGUGGUUCCUGCCCAACUGUCGUUUCUCGCUAUAUACAACCCCCGCCUCGGUCCGACCGACGAGACAAUCCGCGACCAAGUCGUCUUCUAUACGUCUCGUUCGAGUCGAUCGCGCCGACGUGAAGGCUCCGCGGCAGAGGAUGGCGACCAACACUCCAACGAUUAUUGGAAUGAGAUACUGCGACAGAUAGGACUGGCUCAGGGCAUGGUAGGCUUUGCCAGGAACUUUUCGCAAGGAAAAGCAGUCGAUUACGUGGAAACCGAAAAGUCGCAAAUUAUCCUACAUGAGCUUGAAAAGGACUGGUGGAUUCUAGCUUCUGUCGACCUAACUCGCCUUCCACUUGAUCAACCUAGCACAUCUUCCUCUCAACGCGAUGCCGCGUAUCCUUCAUUCAGCUAUUCUUCAAGGGAGAUGUCUCCUCCUGCUUUACUAAUUCAACAACUGCGUCGAGCCCACUCCGUCUUUCUCCUCCACCACGACUCUACACUUGACGCCUUAUACAGCCGUGUUGGCAGACCCACAUUCUGUGCUCUCAUCGAAAACUUCUGGUGGAGGUUCUCGUGGACCUGGGAGGUUCUGUUAAGUGGAAACCCUGCUGUUGACAUAUACAACGGCAUCAAGCUCUCAGCUGGGGGUGAACUCGGAAUCGGCGUCGGCGAAGAAGAGUGGGGAAGUGGGGAGAGGGAAGUUUUAGAGGACUUUGUUGCCCGCACAGAUGGUCUCCUGGACUUAAUUGUCUCACGAUUCGGUGAUCCUGAGUCCUCUGAUAAGAAUCCGGCAGCAAAUGACAGACCUGGAGAUUUGCUGAACACAGUUGACGGCGAGGACCGAUGGCUUGGCUCAGGAGCCUGCCCUAGGCCAGCAGAUGGCGUCAUAUUCUCGGGAAUAGGAGGAGUCUCUAGGCCAUCCCUCUUGCGAAUCUCACAAUGGAUGGAAUCGAUAUAUAGAUACGGCGCCGACGCGUACGGAGUAGGCGAAGACCCGAGCUCACCACGUCGUCGAAAACGGCGAAGAAAGCACCGCAGCAGACUGGCUGGAAGCGAUCCCACCAAGCAACCGGUGACGGAUCCUCGGGUUGGGACACCCGAUCGCCCAUUUUCCCCAGGUAUACCACCUCCACUCGUGGUAGGGACAGCGGAGUCUCCGCAGGCUCCACAAAAGUCUAGCUCACAUACCAGUGGCGAGAGCUCACCAGUAGGAAGUGAGCGAGGAAACGAUUGGAUGGGAUUCAGGACAGAGACGUUUGUGAAGUAUCUUACUCUUGGCUAUGGCUCGUCUUGGGGGGUUUCGUCAGGAACAGCCAGCCCGCACCCGCGGGUCGAAGCUAUAAAGCGAGAAGAUAGGCCAAUGAGUCCAAACAAACAGACAGACUUGUCCACUGAUGCGCCGGGGACCAUUGACGGAGAGGCCGCCCAGCCCGAUGAUGGCAAAAAGAUCCAGAGCCGUGGAAAGUUUCUCAUUGGCCUGCGUUCUGAUAGUGACGAUCGGGUCGGAGCUUUGCAAGAAGGCGCUGACCCGACGGACAAUCAGACCAGCCUAUCUGAUAACAUAAAUCAUAGACGCUUGCACAUUCAAUUGUCGGAGUCUUCAGAGCAAGUUUCAGCAGAACUGCAAGCAGUAGUCUACGUUCAUCAACCGUUCAUAUAUACAUUUCUAUUUGACCCCGCAACCCCGACUCUAUCCGAUCCGACACUAUAUCAGAGUAUCAUACACCAACUCAGCCCACUCCAUAAGCCUCUUAGCAAUUCAACAUCACCUGCAACCGCAGAACUUCGCAUUUCCAUGUCUGAUAACGCCCUCGACAUCAACAAGCGAUUUUCCGGCAAAAGCCAGCCCGUCUACAACCUAGUCUAUGACCAAACAAACUUGACGAUCCGAUCAUCGAUCCCAAACAUACCAGACCUUGGGUCUACCGUCAACGAACCCCGGGAUCCGGCCACACACCCAUGGUCGCGCGUGGAGAGCCUCAAUAUUCACCACCGGCUCUUAAGCACUCACCUCGAAACCCGGUCGCGACCCCUCGAAGUCGAAAGGACCUGCAAGACCAGUCGCGGCUGGUGGAUCGUGUGGAUCCGAAUGUCCGAACCUUCUAGACAAGAACAAGGGAGCACGGCCUCCAACGCCAGCGUCCAGACCAACACAGAGCUGGACACUAAUAAUGCCCAUCAGGAAGCAUUUAUCGUCCGCAGAUCCAGUGACUCCGUCUCUCCACCCGGACACGCACGCAACAGUAGCAGCACUCGAUUUUUCCGCGAUUUGGGCGGGGCUUCGUCGCCGGGAUUGCAGGCAUCACGGACAGAUACAGGACCGGGGAAACUUGUCGAAGGGCUGGGCCUGGACGCAAGACGAUAUAUUGAGAAUCUGCUCAGUUUGAAUAGAUAAGACAUGAGAUGAUAUUUAUUACAUU